AUGGCCCAACACCUCGUCAAGAACAUGUCGAGGCGACAGCGAGAGACAGGUGCUACACACCACCACCUCCGCAUCACCCGAGUGACCGCGGCCGAUAGCAGUCCAGCACCCGGCAACGCUAUCCACCCCUGGAGCAGCGCCGCCGCCCGAGCCCACCCCUGGAGCCGAGCCCACCAGAUAGCCCAGGCCGCCGCCCGGCAUCCAAGGCCACGCCGCCCCGCCACCCUCACGGCCGGAGAUGCGAGCCAAACACGGCUGCCUAGCGCGAGGCAGCGCCGAAAACCACCGCCCGGAGCCGCCGCUCCGACGCCCAAAAGCCCCCACCGAGUCUCCCCCAACAACCACCCCCGCACCAGCACCUACCCCAACCCCGGCAAAUCCAGAGGAGCCGCCGGCCUGGAGAGACGUACCUGGACCGGGGCGGCCGCGGGCGGCGACAUCAGCGCCGGCGAGCCACGAGCGGCGACCUCCCUCCAUGUGGCCGUGCAGAGGAGCCGGGGGCCGAGAUCCCCGCCGUCCCCUUCACUGGCGCCGUGGUCUUCGACCGGCAGCGCCUCCGGGGGCGGCAAGGGGAGAGGGAGGGCGGAGGGGGGCGGCGGCGGGGAGGGUUAG